CCCCUCUCGCUCCCUUUCCCGGCGUGCGCCCGGCUCCGGCAACUCGCUUCCUGCACGGCUGGAGGAGGGAGGAGAGAGGAGAGGAGCGGAGAGCGCUUCGGCUGGGAGAGGAGAGAAGAAAGAGGGAGAAAAGAAAGAAAGAAAAGAGAGAGGGGAGAAGGGGGGGGGGACUUGCCUCUCUUGUCACUGGAAAAUGACACUUGAUGUAGCAGAGCCUGCCGCAGCUCCCGUUCGUCCUAUUGUUUCUUAAACUGCCAUCUGAGAUUUUUUUUUUUUCCUGCUGCCAUCCGAGGGGUGUCUUCAUACAAAAGGGACUUCAAGUACUCCUCCGGCUUGUGAGCGCUGCGACCAGCCCCCAGCACCCCACCAGCCCCUCCAAGCACCCAAACAAACUGCACAAGCAGCAAACAGCAGCAGCAAAACCGGGCUCUGAUUGCCUCUGGAUUUUUUUUUUUGUUUUAAUGUCCGUGCCUGUGAUUGCUUUCUCCGACUUGCUUUGAUUCCAGAGAUCAGCUGCAGAGAGAGAAAAAGGAGAGAAAUCAAAAAAACCCACAUAUAACAGUCCGCCUGGCGAUUUUAUCACUUUUUAAAAUUUCGAGUAAAGAAGGAAGAUUUGCGCUGUUGUUUCUGAUUCAUGUUUGGGAUUCAGGAAAGCAUCCAGCGGAGUGGGAGCAGCAUGAAGGAAGAGCCCCUCGGCGCGGGGAUGAACGCGGUGCGGACGUGGAUGCAGGGAGCCGGCGUCCUGGACGCCAGCACGGCCGCUCAGAGCGGAGUGGGUCUGGCCCGGGCUCACUUCGAGAAACAGCCGCCUUCCAACCUGAGGAAGUCCAACUUUUUCCACUUCGUCCUGGCUCUGUACGACCGGCAGGGGCAGCCCGUGGAGAUCGAACGCACUGCCUUCGUGGGCUUCGUGGAGAAGGAGAAGGAAGCCAACAGUGAAAAGACCAACAACGGGAUCCACUACCGCCUGCAGCUGCUCUACAGCAAUGGGAUCCGGACGGAGCAGGAUUUCUACGUGCGGCUCAUCGACUCCAUGACCAAGCAGGCGAUAGUAUAUGAAGGCCAAGACAAGAACCCAGAAAUGUGCCGAGUUCUGCUCACGCAUGAAAUAAUGUGCAGCCGCUGUUGUGACAAGAAAAGCUGUGGCAACAGAAAUGAGACUCCAUCAGAUCCAGUGAUAAUUGACAGGUUCUUCUUGAAAUUUUUCCUCAAAUGUAACCAAAAUUGCCUAAAAAAUGCAGGAAACCCUCGAGACAUGCGUCGAUUCCAGGUCGUGGUGUCUACAACAGUCAAUGUUGAUGGCCAUGUGUUGGCAGUGUCGGACAAUAUGUUUGUACACAACAAUUCCAAGCAUGGGCGGAGAGCUCGAAGACUCGAUCCCUCGGAAGGUACGCCUUCUUAUCUGGAACAUGCAGCUACACCAUGUAUCAAAGCCAUCAGUCCAAGUGAAGGAUGGACUACAGGAGGUGCCACUGUCAUCAUCAUAGGAGACAAUUUCUUUGAUGGGUUACAGGUCAUAUUCGGCACCAUGCUGGUUUGGAGUGAGCUGAUUACUCCACAUGCCAUCCGCGUACAGACGCCUCCCCGACAUAUCCCAGGGGUUGUGGAAGUCACAUUGUCCUACAAGUCUAAGCAGUUCUGUAAGGGAACGCCUGGAAGAUUCAUUUACACAGCUCUGAACGAACCCACCAUUGACUAUGGUUUCCAAAGGUUACAGAAGGUUAUCCCCCGGCACCCUGGUGACCCCGAACGCUUGCCAAAGGAAGUAAUACUUAAGAGGGCUGCUGAUUUAGUAGAAGCACUCUAUGGUAUGCCACAUAAUAACCAGGAAAUCAUCCUGAAAAGAGCCGCAGACAUCGCAGAAGCGCUCUACAGUGUCCCCCGCAAUCACAACCAGCUCCCCGCCCUUGCUAACACAUCAGUCCAUGCAGGAAUGAUGGGAGUGAACUCCUUUAGUGGUCAACUAGCUGUCAAUGUUUCUGAAGCCUCACAAGCCACCAACCAGGGUUUUACUCGCAACUCGAGCAGCGUGUCGCCUCAUGGCUACGUGCCAAGCACCACCCCUCAGCAGACAAAUUAUAACUCUGUCACAACAAGCAUGAACGGCUAUGGGAAUGCUGGAAUGUCAAAUUUAGGCGGUUCUCCAACCUUCCUGAAUGGAUCUGCUGCCAAUUCUCCCUAUGCCAUUGUGCCAUCAAGUCCGACAAUGGCCUCCUCCACUAGUCUCCCCUCGAACUGUAGCAGUUCCUCUGGGAUUUUCUCCUUCUCACCAGCCAACAUGGUCUCAGCAGUGAAACAGAAGAGUGCUUUUGCACCUGUCGUGAGACCGCAAACUUCUCCUCCUCCCACCUGCACCAGCACCAACGGCAACAGCCUGCAAGCUAUAUCUGGCAUGAUUGUUCCCCCCAUGUGAAAGAAUUGCCUUGAAGAAUUUUAUUAAUGAAGAGGUUGAAUUCUGCUUCAGAGAGAAUCUGAUACAAGUCCCAGAGUGGAACUUUUUACUCAGGCCUUUUUAAAAAUAAAAAAGAAAUAAAGAAGGAUCUUACAAUAACUGCAGAUUUUUAAACAAAACAAAAAUCACCAUCCUUGCAAAUACUGAAAUUAACAAUCUACAAUUGCAAGGUGUUGAUUCAUGUUGUCCAUCCCAAAUACCUGGGAGAUAUAUUUAUUGUAUGUUGAUAAAAAAAGAAGUCCACUUUUUUUUUUCUUUGCAGGGUGGGGGCUUGCUUUUAUUUCCUUCUGGUUUUUUUGUGUUUUUUUAAGGCUUGAUUUAACUCGACACCAUUUGUCUUUUAUAAAUCAUACAAUUACACAAGGGACACUAGAGAUGGAACUCCACAUUUUUAAUUUAUGAAUUUUUUUUUUUUUAAAGCUGUGUAAAGAAAAAUGGAGUGAUGUCAUUUACAUACAAGUCUGUAUGGGACAGAAUAGAAGUGCCAGUUAGUUUUUCGUAGAAGAAUUAUGGCCAUUUAAUUAAGGGUCGGCUCAUAUAUGUUGCUUAUCCAGUGGUGACUUGCUAAUAUGAUGCAUUUUUAAUGUUCUAAUUAAAUAGGUUUCACUCCCUAGAAAGCUGAUAUUUUUGGAUGAUGAGGGUGGGAUGAGGGAUGGGAUGAGGAACCUCUGUCUUUAAUAUCAGGCUGAAUAAUUGUGUAAAUAAUGCAACAGGAAAAGUUCAUCAUAGGACACCAGGUUAGAAGGGGGCCCUAAGGUCUAACCUUUUUUGGCAAAACGCUGGUGAAAGGGAAGGUAAGGAUGCAAAUAGCAAACACAUUGCUCUUGAACCGAAAAUCCAGUGCCUCUAGAUAUGAUGCUAAAACUGCAGAAUUAGACGAGCACAGCUCUAUUUAGCUGAUGUAUCAGACUCCUUCCAAACGAGUGGCCUUCCCGAAGCGCAGCGUCGCCUGAGCCGCGCUGGGAACGCUCUUUGGAUUUGGCCUGAGGACACAGACUGUGGCCAUCCCUGAGGACACAGACUGUGGCCAUCCCUGUGGGGUUUUUCAGUGUAGCACUUCUCCCCUUGACCCAUUUUUAUGGGGCAGGAUGAGAACAACCCCGGAUGCCGUUCCCCAUCCUCCCCACCUAAAAGCACAGGUUGCAUCAGCCUCCCACUGGGAUCAUUCCUGUAUCAGUCGACCCUCUCAGUCUGUAUCAUACUAUAUAAAGCAACAGGUAACUGCUUUUGAAUAGUGAAUGGAAACAUGAGGUUGGGGGGGGUGGGGAGGGGCUGUUAGGAAGGUUUCAAAUCAAAACCAUAGCUUCUGUUUUACAAAAAAUUUUGCUAUCAUUAUCUGGGAAGUGUUCUUAAAAACUAUUAGUCAAAGAGGCAGCAAAGCUCUGAAGAUGCAUUACCUGAUAUUUUUUCUUUGCUGUUGUGUUUUGUAUGUAGUUAUAAAUACUGUAGAUUUUUUGUGAUUUUUUGCCAAAGUUGUUGUUCUAUUUAUACAUUUUAAUGUCUUAAGACAGUUUUUCAAUUUCACAAAAAAAAAAAAAAAGAAUUUUACUGCAUAUUUUGCAAAAAGAGCUCACUACCUUUAGCUUGCACAUACUUGCAAAUUAAUUAAAGAAAAAAAAGCUUUUUGUUUCUGUUUUUUGUUUGUUUGUUUGUUGGGGGAUUUUGUAAAAUAUCCAUAUAAAUAAUGUAUUUAUCUUUGGAAUUUGUACAUUGCUUUUUGUCCCCUACAAGUUUAUUUUAUUGUGUAUGUUUGCUAUGUGAAAAGUGCUGAUUUGUUUGGUCAUUCACCGUUGUAUUAGCUGUUUAAAUGUGAUUUUAAUACAUUUCAUUUAUAGGGUUGAUUUUUUUAGUAUUGUUUAAAACCAUGCUUCCAUUUUUUUUUAAUUUCCACCCAAAAGCCAUUGUCUAUUUUUGUAUUAUUUGUAAGUUAAGAAGUUUUUUCCAAUAUAUGGCAAAAGGUAGCAUAUUAUUCUUGUAGCAUUUAGUUAUGUAGAUUUUAAAAAAAAAAUGUAUCCUUUGCUUUUGAGGCUUAACAAAAACUAAUGCUGUUUUACUCUAUUAAUAUGCAUGGGAUUUCUCCUCUUUGGAGUGACGCAUUUUUGUGCAUUAAAUAUGGGGAGAAACUUCAUAGAACUCAAUGAAAAUACUUUCUUUCUUAAGUCUGCUUGUAUAUUUCUCUGUCUUUCACAUAAAUAUAAACCAGCAGAUUGGAUGCCUUAACAAUGCAAAUCAUAUUCAUUUCACUUGUACAUUGUACUGUGCACCAGAACUGUCAAUCAUCACUAACAUUCUAAGAAAAAAAAAAGGAAUUGAAAAGCACAAAAGAACUGUUUUGUUACCUUAAAACAAUAUAACUUUUUUCUAGUCAAGCAAGAAAUCAUUUACAACGAUGCUGCAACUGUGCAUGCUUCCUGUAUGAAUUUUGCAAUGGUUUUCACUAGAAUGUCACAGUGUGAUCUUUGGGGGGAAGGGAAGAAAACAGGAUUUUUUUUUUUUUUCAUGAUGAGAAAAUAAAAGAAGAGAAAACUGGAAAAUGUGAGAGACAUCAGUUUAUUGCUUCUCUGUAUUCCAAGUGAUUAUUCUAAUUCACAUAGUAAAGCAACAGCACGACAAUGUAAUCAAAUUUAAAGCCAUAUUUUGUCCAGUGACACCGUCGAUUACUCUUGUAGAGCUCCACUCAGUCCUAGUGAUUUUGACACCACUCUUAGCCACGAUGUUUGUAGUCUCUAAGCCAGUGUCCAAAGAUCCUUUGACAAUGUGCAUAAUUUUGUUUUGUUGCAGCUACUUAUCGUGAUCUGAUGAAUGGGAAUUUAUCAAAAAUCUCCCCUGCACCACCCUUGUCUUUUACAAAGUAAAAGAUGCAGCUGUUUACAGAAUAUGGCUUUAAGUGGAAACAUUCAGAUUUCAGUUUUAACAAGGUGAAGCUUCACAAUGACUGGAUUGCAUAAAGUAAUGCCUAUUUCCUCACAGUUGUACUAGGAUGCAGCUAAAAUGAAGUCAUCUCUGAAACUACUAACCUUUCACCUUCUUAUCUAAAUCUUUUUGAAUAGACACACACACUGUACAGUUCUAUUGUUAGAGAAACUAACUACUGUAGAGAUUGUUAUAAUUUUUUUGCAGAAAUUCAAGCUGUAAAAACUUUUCAACUUUCACAAUAUUUAAUUAAAGUUACUUCCUGUCUGUGAA